AUGCCGCGUACCGCCAGACAGAGCGCCCUGCUCCAAAGUCAACCCGCCAUUCAGAGCUUUGGCCGGGCAACCAAGGCCGGUAUCUCACCGUCGCUGCCUGCGAAGAAAACUGCAUCUCUGCCCGUUUCCCCGUCGAAGAAAAGGAAAUUGCAGGAGCUCGAGAAUGUGGACGGUGCCGGUCGGCAAUCGCUGGACGAGGAGGCCAAUACGCCUUCCAAGACUUUGAAAAUCAGCCAAUUGUCGGUUUCCUCUCCACGAAGUGGUCACUAUGCUUCGCCAAAGCGGACCCCGAGCCGUCGCACUCGCGUGUCGACCGUCGCCAACAUCCCCGAGGUUCCCGACACCCCUUCGAAACAACGCACCCUCCACUUUGAGAAGGUCAUCCCAGAGCCCAAACUUGCACCGCGCGCACCCUGCGUAAACGAUUUCUUGAGCCUUCACUCUGCUUUCGUCCAGGCUUUCUCUAUUCACAUGGCUCACAAUGGCCCCAUUUCCCCCGCUGAUCUCCGCGAGUUCCUUCCCAACGUGACCAGAAUUUGGAAGAAGCGCAAGGUGCAGCCGAAAGAUCUCCAACGUCUCUUGUGGGUAUGGGAUCAUAGCUUGAAGGCCAAGGAUGUCUCCUAUCGUCUGGCAAAUUACGGCCUGGGAAAGGUGUGCGUCGAACGAACCGUGCUGGUGGAUGAACAGCCCGCUGCCCUGCAGGAUGCACUCGAACAGGCCUUGGAUUUGCUGUGGGAACAGACAGAACCCUCUCUCGAGAUUGCCAAGGAGGAGGAUCGUCCAUCUCUCUUCCUCGAGUCCCUCGGUCUCGUGCCUAUUCACGAAUCGCUCACGCCCUUUACUGCGUUCAAGAAGGGCCAGCAGCGACUGCAAGAUUUGAGGUCUGGCGUCAUCCGGAUGAAGACCGAGAAAUUGCGUGCAGAGGGAGAGAUUGGAGAGGCCAAGCCCCUGGCUCCUGCGAUCAAUCGUCGACAGAGUCUCCUGGAUCGCAUUAAGAAUAAGGAGCUGCGCCAGUCCAAGCUGCCACCGCCACCAACCAAGAAGGAGAUGAUUCUUCGAUCGGCCGCCGAUCGCGUGGAGGAAAUUGUCGGGAUUCUUGCACUUUUGCGUCCAGCUGCCUAUGUGGGCACUGGUAUCAAGGCCAUGUUCGCUAGCCAGCGCAAGCCCUUCAAGUUGGAGACGAUGGUCGAGCAUGUUCGUGAUUCUGUCCGGAUUCCCAUCCCUCGGGACGAAGUCGAAGCGUGCCUUGAGAUCCUGGCAGAUCCCCGUGUGGCCGGUCACUGGGUAACAAUGGUUACUGUGAAAGAUAUUCGUUCUGUCGUCCUCAAAUCCUGCAAGGAUAUUGAGGCCAACGAACUUGGAGCCAAGGUGGCUCUAUUGAAGGCCGAGUGGGAGAAGCCCCUGGCUUGCGCGUCGACUCCCAUGUUGAAGAUUUGA